AGUGUAUCUUCUAACGUCAUAUAUGUGACUUCUCAGAUCGCGCUUAGCUGCUUCGUGAAUUUUUAUUUAAACAGAAUCUAGGCGGCCAUCUUGUUCUAAUUGUAAUAAAUGUGACGCGCCCCUUUUUCAUGUGCAAAUUUUAUGUAUUCACGCGUGAUUGAUCUAUAAAUUCCAGUGCGAAUAAAUCUCGGUGAUCUAGAAACUGUGGAUUAUACGUGUGAAUGAACAUUAUUGGAUUACUCUCGUGAAGGAGAAUUGUUUUUGUGCGUCUAGCGCCAUUUUUCUUUUCGGACAACGUUUGAGUCAUUUUUCCCCUUCAAAAUUUUUAACUACCACGAUAUUGGAUGGGAUCCAUAGUGGAGGAAAGGACUAAUUCCGUAAUAGGGAACAAACCUUACGGCGGAACGUCCAAAGGAUUCAGAAAAUCGCCAGCGUUUUUCCUGAACGCGGACAAGAACAAAGACAAUUUCAUUGAUUUGUUCAACAACGUCAACAGUAUUAUAAACAAGACUGAGGCGGAUAGAAAACGCGGCGGAAACAUGUUGCUUGUAAUAUUGUGCGUUGUCAUGAGAUUGCUAGAGGUUUCCGGAAAAUAUGUCGGUGGUUUUCCCGCUAAAGAAAAGCCGGACAAUCUGGUGCAAAAGCAACUGAUGAGACAGAAGAUACGGAAAAGGAAACGCUUGAAAACAGGUCUGGGUCCAGGCCAGGGCAGGGGAAUGACUGAAGACAAACACAGCCCCGAAUCUGACUGCAACUCCAACAAUGUGGACUCAACAGCUAGCAACACGUCUUCAGUCGACUUCAUCCAGGACAAUUCCGACUACCAGUGGUGUCUUGAUUAUGGGUACCGAGAGAGCCACCACCAUGCGAGCAUUCUGUCGUCGCUGUCGGCCUCCUACGAGGUGGGGCACUACGACGACCUCGCCAGGGACAUCGACAGUCAGCUGGCUCAGGUCGACAUGGAGGACUUUCGCGCCGAGGACAUCCUCCCCGCCAUGUGCUGUGGUGACCUUCAGCCGGAGAUUAAUGGAGAAAUGUUUGCCAGUGUAUCUGGCUCGAUGAUGGUCAAAUUUGACUUUGAUUCUUCGCUGAGUCCUCUCAGCAGUUCUCAGGAGGAGUCAAUAGCAUUAUGCAAAUCAGAGCCACUGUUCUCACCGGUGAGAGAGACACCAAUGCCUGGCAAUAUCAGUGUGGACUCUUUGGAUUGUGAGCAGGACAUGCUUCUAACAUGUCAGGCCAACAAGGACAAUUACACCAUUGCUUUCGAGGGCUCUACAAUGAUGGGCACUGACUCUGACUAUCAUGAUACUGGCGAGAGCGGCACCAGCACCUACUCCAGCGAGGGCAUCGGCUCCUCAGGCAGCGGCAGCGGCUGCACCCGCCUCUCCUCCUGCCUCCGAGUGGCCGCACAGCUCAAGAGCCAAUCACUGAACGCCAACUCACUCACCAUGACCAACUCAGAUGUGGCGCCGUUCACCACCUGGAGUAAGUUGAAGACAAAGCCCCGUCAUUGUCGGCCUCUCACACAUCGUCACUCCAAUAGUAACGUACUGGCCCUCAAACAGUCCACUAUCAGUCUGCCUGACUUGGCCGGUGGACUCGAGCAUAGGCUAGCUCUCGGUGGUUGCGUGAAACUGUACGACGUGCAGAACACAAGCUCCAGUCUGGCGUCCGACUCGGCUUCGAACACAAACAGCGGCAGCAGCAGUCUGAGCUGCGGCGGACACCAGCUGAAGCCGCAGACGCAGCCGCAGUCGCAGCCUCAACACUUCAGCCUGGUGCGGCUGUUCAUCAAGCAGCGCAACAGUGGCAUGGACCAGUCGGCCGCAUCUGACUUCAACUAUCCCACCACUGAUGUCCAGUCCACCACCAAUACUAGCAGAUCGCUGAACGAGUUCGAGUGCCGCGAAACGCUGUGCGACAACCGACAGCCGACAAGGCGGAAGAAGUUCAACUCGAAUCAGCUGACCAACAACAACAAUAGCUCGGCGGCCGAUGACGUCACAGCCACCAAGCUGUGGAUCACCGACUACGAAGACAGCCUCACAGUUGACGCCCUGCGCCAGCACCACCUCAUCACUGAGGAGGCCGAGGACGAGGAGGAGGAGGAUGAGGAGGAGUCGGUGGAGCGACUGACCGAGGGCGGACAGACUGACUCGGUGUCCGUUUGCAGUUGCGACGGCAGUCUCUCCAUGUCGCGGGCCAAGUUCAGCAUCAACAACAAUAAUAGUUUCGAGCGUGAUGAUGUCAGAUCACCAGUCUCGCAGCUGAAGCGUGGCACACAGACGCAGACUGCACAGUCGUCGUCGUCUGAAGCAGGCGUCGGCACGACGUCGUCGUCCAGUUUGUCGGAUCCGACGGUGGCACGCCUGCGCAGUUCUGCCACCCAGUGUCCGCUGCACUGCCACGACAAGGGCAUGCAGACGUCGGCCUCCCUUCAGGCAGACGCCAAACCGACAACAAGGCAAACUACCAAAAAUAUUAACGAUCCAAAGAAACCAGUAUACGUGCUAUAUCCAAAUUACACGCUCCCAGAUCUCGAGUUUCUGAGAGACUAUCCAAGUGACCUGGAGCACAUAUUCCUGGCGCCUCUCAGAUUCACUCCCAACUGGACCCCUCCUUCCACUCCCCCUCCACCCCUCUCCAUCCCCAAAGUGGACAGCACUAAAUCGCCAAGACCAUUCUCUUGUGCCGAGUUGGAUGCUUUAAGGAAAAAAGGAUUCGGUCACAUACUGGACUGGGAGAGUUUGACGUUCCUACUACCUCAUGACUACUACAAGCUUCUUCAGGACGUGCCCGAGAUCAAGCAGUAUGGAGCGGCAAGAAUGGAUCACACAAAGCCCCUAUUCUGUCUCUCACCUACCUCCAGCAAGUCUAAUCCUUAUGAUUUUGCUCCGUUCCCCAAUGCUCAAACGACAGUGAACGUCUCGACGUCGUCUAGCAUCGCGACACAGCCGUCAUCCGGCUACCGGGGCUCGUCGACGCUGCUGACCGACUCGACCACCACCAGUCCAUGCCCCCAACCCAAUCCCAACCCCAACCCACUGUUCGUCUACCGCUACGACAGCAUCAGCUCGGAGGGGGGCCUGUCGGGGGGGCCACCCCUGCCCCGGCGCUCCAUCUCGCUGUCAGACGCGCCCCCGCGGCCGCCUCUUCCCAAGGGCAUCCUCAGGAACACCACCCUCGAGAACAUCAAGAGUCGCAAGAAUACCGUCAACAAGAAGAGAUACAGCAUGUUCGAACUGGGUGUCGACAUCGACUGUGACGAGCUGAUGGAGCUGGACUCUAACAAACGCAAGUCGUUGCCGAACCCAGUCGCAGCCGCUGGUGGCAGCGGCCGAAAGACGACGACGGCUGACGACCUGUCUUCGGACGAGGGGGUGGGGGUGGAGUGGUGGGGGGACUCGCCACGCCCCCCGACCCCGCCCACCACGCAUGCGCUCAGACUGCAGCAUUUGCUCGAGAUGAGCGGAAGCGAUCACUGGGACAGGCACGAUGUCGAUAAUCUGCGUGCACAGGUGAGCAAGUUUCUAAGCAGCCAGGCGGGAAGGAAGAGCGUAAGUUUUGCCGACAAGUCAGAGUCGGAAGUUGGUCAGCAGGGGAUGACUCCACCCAACUCUCCACAGAGCUCCCUGUCCCAGAGGGGCUACCAGUGCAAGCUGCAAGUUAACCUUGGAGACAAUGUUAUCAGAGAAGAAAAUGAAAAUAGUGUGUCGAUUGACAAUAGGUUUCGAUUCUCAGAUAAAACAGAACUGGUGGAGGCAGUGUGCUCGGCUGCGCAGCGGCUGAUGAGCUGUGACCGGCAGCUGAUUGAGGAUGUGUCGGAGCAGGCACUCAACACACUUUGUCCGGCACUCUACAGCCUGCUCAGCGACGGACUCAAGCCCAGUCUGGAGACGCCUUUCGGUGAAGUCGCCAACUCCGUCUGGCAGGUGAUCGAGGCCUCGUCGCAACAAGGCACAAUGACCCGCGCCCUCAAUGAGCUGGUCGUCAAACUGAACAGUGAGGAAGUGCUCACCGAAGGAGUCAUCAAGUUCAACGCCUUCAUAUUCGGACUUCUCAAUGUGCAAGGAUUGGACGUGUGGUUCAGCUACCUGCGGACAAGAGAGAGCGUGCUGCGUAAGCACUACUGCGAGGAUGCUCUGCUGCUGACCGCCUGCCAGGGCAAUGCCAAGAGCCGCUCACUCACUGAUAGGUUGCUGGUGGCUCUCAAGUCACUCACUCAGGAGCCAUUCAAGUUGGACCCACUGUUCGAGACACGGCAGCUGCAUCACAGUCUCUUGCAGCUUGGGAGAGUACCAGUGUCGCCAACCCAUAGCAGUGGAAGCAGCAGUAGAGGCUCGUGGACGCUGAGGAAAUUGGUGCACUCGAUCCAGAGCAACCUUGGAAAUGCUCCCUCUGAAGAAGAGGAACUCAACAAUGUGGCUUUCCAACAUCAAGAGGUGACAUCUGCCCGUCCGCGGUCGUGUGUCGACUCAGUUGGAGGCUUCUCAGUGAGUGACAUUGCAAGCACAGUGCGCAAGCGCUGGAGUGGCAUCCAUAUUGGAUCUAAACUGGCCAACGCUUUCGAGAGAUUGGCUCCCGAUGACACCGAGGAGGAGUACACUGACAGUUUGGAAACUGGGAUGGGCCCGACUAACGACUCGGAACCUGACAGUGGAGAAACGGAUGUGAGCGGAGGCAAAUUUAGAAGACUGCAAAUGAAGUGGGAAAUGCUGAGUGGCAAAGAGACCCCGGACAAUAGCACGCACACAACACCAAUGGCAUCUCCCGUCAAAUCAAAUAUACCUCGGUCUCGCAUCCCGCGACCCGUGACCUCGCCCAUCCGACCGCAGGCGACGCAGCAGACGCCUUCGCCGGCCGGCAGUGCGACAUCCUCCCGUCUGCCCGAGAGACCCGCCAUGAAGAAGCCGCUCUCCAUACCUAGUCAACUCAGGAAGCCAAAUGUCAAUGUCAACAGCAGGUCGCGAGUGAUGGACCCAGGUGUACCGUUGAAGGCCCGGUGCCGCCCCAGCAGAGCCGACCUCCCGGCUAACAAGGGCGGUCCGGCCGUGCGACCCAGUUCGCUGCCCUACCGCACUUCCACCCCAUCCACCCCUCGGCCCAAGGACCGCAGAGCCGCCUCCUCUUCAACCGUCCGCAAACCGGCGCAGGACGCAGCUGCCAAUCACAACCAAUCGUCGACCCCAAGGCACAGUGUGAAAGGCAGUAGUUAGCUGUUAUGUGCACUUGUAGUGCUGGCGCUGAACCUCUCCCCUCUGCCCUCUGCCCAGGUACGUGGUGACGCUGACACAUCGGCUGCCGUCAGACAGCGGCCAUCUUGCCUUCAACGAGGGAGAACGACUGCGUUUGGUGCUCGACGUGGACGAAACGUGGCUGCUCUGUUGUCGUGAUCAGCAGAAGGGUUUAGUACCACGGUCAGCUGUCAUACUUGUGCAUAAUUAGCGCCCUGGAAAGGGGCCAGUCUCUUAACGCAACCUAACCUAACCUGAGGUAUGGUUAGUGAAUUCUUUCACUUCAGAUGAGGUUUCCAAAGAAUACUGUUGUAGAAAUCCACGAAAAUAUGUUACACAAAAACUGUAUCAUAAUCCAAGGAACGGUUAGUAAGGUUACUUCAGAUGAGAGUUUUAAAGAAUACUGUUGUAGGAGACCACGAAAAUACAUGUUACACAAAAUCUAACCUAAUCUAAGGUAUAGCUAUUAAAUAGCUUCUCUUACGUAUUUGAGGGUAUUAUAAAAGGAAUAUAUUAAGCGAUAAAAGUAAUACUAUUACUGAAUUUAACAUAAAAUCCAACCUUACUUAAUCAAAACAUGGCUAGUCAAAUGUAUCUAUGAUUAAAAGGAAAGUAAGCCUUUCAAAAAAAUAAUAAAAGUUAUACUUUUUAAUCUAUAAACUAGGCCCAUGAAGAAGUCUAUGUGCGAAGGCUAAACUUAUUUAAUAAUUAUAGUUAGGAAAGGUUCCUUAAUGGCCUUCCUGUAACAUCCUUGAAUCAUUCUUGCCUAGCCGAAUUAGGGAAUUGUUUCACUUUUAUAAUCCUUACUUAAUUGGAUAUAGGCUUCAUUAUAAAAAGUAAUAUUUUCUUAUUAAUCUUGAAACUAGCUUGAUUAUUCAUUUAAAGUCCAUGAAUAUAAAUGUAAUGUAUUACACUUCAAAUAAGUUAAAGUUGCUGUUGUAUCUUCAAUACUUGAAUAAUAAUGUGAAGAUUAACUUGACCUAAUCUAUUGUUAUGGGAUUGAAUCUAAAGCUAACCAAAUCCUGUUGAGUAAGAUGACAGUAUUAAAAUUGAAUAUUGUAUAUGAAAGAAAUUAAUUUCUCCAUAACUAGGAUAUAAUAAUAAUGAGGAAAAUGUAGGGUCAAAACUAUUGCAUUCACCUGACUUAUUAGAAUUAGAAAGUGACUUCACUUUCUAAAACUAAUUCAACCUAAACUAAAUUAGGUUAGAUAUGGAGAUUCAAAUCUUACCUUGUAAGAACAAUAUACAAUAAAUACGCUAAAAAACCUCACUCAAUCGGGCUCUGGAAUAAUAAUACUAUAUUCUGUAGCUUAUAAGGAAUCUAUUCGAAGUUUAAUGGAACUAUUGUUCAAUUUCAGAGAUUUAAAAAUAUCUAUCAUUUUCUUUAACUAGCACCACGCCGCUUUUAAAGCAUAUCUAAUUCAUUAUAUUUUAUAUAGUUGAAAUACCAUUUUCAACAAUAAAAUUUGCACACAGUACUUCUAUUCUUAGUAGUUGUCUUUAUAUUUUUUAUAACAUCAAAUUCACGUACAAUGAAAUUGUAUGAUCAUUCUAUAAUCAAAGGUUAAUGCUUUAUCACAGUAAUAUUUCUGUGUCAAACAUGUAUCAACAUAUUCAAUGCAACCUACUUGACAAAUUAUUAUAUGAUAACCCUCGAACAUUUAUGAAGCUUUAAACUUUUUCAAUUAAUUAUAUUCUAUAUUUGUUUGUCAUUAUACCAAGAGUAUAUUGCAUUUCUAAAAUUGAAUCACAUUCGCUUUCAAGAGCCUAAUCUAAUGUUAGUUACUUCUAACGUAUAUGAUUUACAGGUACUUCCAAAGUACAGAAUGAUAUUCAAAUUAUUUUUAUUUGAAACAUAUAAGGCAAUAAAUUUACACAAUUUUAUCUACAUGGUUAUGGUAUAACAUAAGAUCAUACCGAAUUAAUCCUAAAAACUAUUUCGAAUUCUAAAAAAAUUGAAAAUUCUGAAAUGUUUAUUAAUGUAAUUGGAGCAGUUUGGCUAGAAGAGUGAAAUCAUGUUUCACACAAGCCUCUGGUGUGUAAAUAAGAAUCUGAAUUUUGUAAUGCAAAUAAGAGACUGGCCUCUUUUCCCAUUUACCAUCUUAAUAAGGUGAACUAUUGUAUUUGAUGAUAAUUUCCUAAUUCAUUGACUACAACAUAUUGUCUAGUGACGUUGCUCUACCCAAAUAUUUUAUUAUGAACAUGUAACAAAUUUCUACAAUGUUGUAAUUCCUAGUCACCACGCAAAGGAAUAUUUCAUAAGCCUUAAGGAUAUACAAGCUAAUGUGGCAUUUUAGAGAAUAAUCACUGACUAAGAUAAUACUAACAUUGGCCCCUUAUUAAUAUGCUGUGGUUUUUGUAAAUAGUCUAACAAUAAUAAUAUUCAACAAGAUAUUGCAUGACGAUUGGAUGGACAAUCCUAUUGUAAUGGUCGAUUUUUUAAAAGAUACUUUAGCAAUGAAAUUGCAAAACAUUACAAAGCUUUUAUCUACUCAUUCACCAGAAGAAAUUCUGUAUAAGAGCAGUUGAAUUAGUGUUAUCCAUCUAGACUAGUGAAUAACUUGCUUUUCCACUCAAACACGCAAAUAAUAUGACAUGAACGUGUAAUAGAUCAGUUUAGGUAGAAGUAUUUAGUAGCAAUAUGUGCAACUUUUUCAUCAAAUAAAUUAUUUUUUUCCGUUGAAAAGGAUUAAAAUAAUCGAUUAUAUCAAGUCAGUACUUAAUUGCAAUUGCCAAAGAAAAGUAUACUUCUGGUUAUGUGAAUAAGUGCAUGUUCAUAAUGUUUUUGUGUAAAAUAUGUAUUUAGACGUUUGUAAAGUGAACGUUUUGUAUCUAGCAUCCCAGUAAUAUGCUUGGGAAUGUACUAUAGUAUUAAUCAUCAAUAAUGUUUUUAAAAAUAGUCAUAAAAUAAUAUUCUUGAUGUAUUAGUUCGGUAUUAAUUUUAUCUAAUAGUAUUUAGUGAAGAGGGAACUGAACUUACAUCAUUUUAUUGAUAAGCUAUUGUUUAUUCGCUAUCCCUACUAUAAUAACAUGUUGCUAGUCAUUAAUAAUCUCUCUACUAGGACUACUUCCAUGAAUAGUUGGAUUAUUAAUAGAAAUUAAGAUCCGUUUUCCUGUUUAUUGCACAGAAAAUGAACUAGGCCUAUUAUUUUUUAUCCAUUUUCAAACAUCAAAUUUGUGUCUAAAUUCAACUCGAACCGGUAACUUACUUAUGAGAAAGCGAUCUCCGAUUUUUUAAAUAUAGUUGCACCCAUAAUUCAUUCAGUUCUCACUUCUAAAAGUAUUGUUACCUAUAAUCUAGUCGGUUAUUUUUCUAAUUCCAUUUGUAUUUCAUGUGACAAGCUGAACAAAUCUUUUUGGAUAUCCAUUAUCUAACAAUCUUUAUCUGAUAUUUUCCCACUUUAUACCUACCACUAAGUGGUAAUCUCGGUUCUACUUCAGUAUAGUGAUACUCAAGAUACUUCCAUGAUUGGCCGCGCAAAAAAGGUUUCAUGAGAGUCUUUUUGCAAAUUUUAAUUCUAUAAAACUUUUCGACACAAGUAAUGCCAUUUAUCAAUUCUAGCUCCUAUCAAAAUUAUUUUUGGUAUGUUCCAAGCAUCUUGAUUUACUAUUAAAUCUUUACUUUUUGCGUUUCCACUAUCUGAUCAUGUCUAUAAUUCACUUUGAAGCUAGAGGUUUUUAAUUUUAAAGUUGAUUUAUAGAACCCUUGCCUUUAUGAGUAGAUAUACAUGCUAUAUCUGGCUUGUAAGUCAUCUUUUUUUCUCCAUCUUAUUUCAUCUCAACUAUCAACUUGAAGAUUCAAUGAGUUCGUGAAUUAUUACAAUCAGUUUUGGUAUAAAUCGCGCAUCACAAACUAAUAUUGAUGAUAUUUUUAUUUUCAUCUAUCAACCUAAUUAACGGAAUGAUUAAUAUGCAGUAUUUGUAAUUCGAGAUUUCAAUCAUACAAAAUAUGAAUGAAUAAUCUGCUCUCUUAGUAUUUUUAGUUUGUAUUGUAGACAGUAUUCUAAUAUUAACUUAUCAAUAAAGCACAGUAAAUAUUGACAGUACUACAAUAAUCAGUUUACACAGUCAUAUGUAUCAGAUAUUGGGUAUUAAAUCUGUAUUAUAUUGUAUAAUAUACUAUAGUUCUAGUAUAUUACCUUUUAACCUCAAGUAAUAACUGUGAAUUAAAUAUUAAUUUCUUGAGUAAAUAUACCUAACUUUCAUAAUUGAAGCAUCCUUACCAAUAGAAGUUUUAGAAUGUUGAACUUGAUUGCUUAGCAAACUUAUGUAACAUAUAAGUAAAACAACUUGUAUAAGUUCAAUAUAAAUAUCAUAUACUUGAUAUUAAUUUAGUAAACAAUGAUGAACAUUUAAGACCAACUAUGUAGGCUCUUUUGUUUCUUUCAUUAGUCAGUAGUAUUGGAUUAUUUUUCAAAAUAAUAUCAGUCUAGGAUUAUUAUGAUUAUGGUGAUAAUAUAAGUAAUAGAAAAUAUGUUAUUACAUAUCCGCUUUUAUAGAAUAAUGACUUAGGAAUGAUGAAAACCUCCACAUGAAAAAUAUAAAAUAUUAUUAUGUCUAUACUUCAGAAUAUAGCAUUCAAAUAAUAUAGUUAACAUGUAGUGCUUCAUGUUGAAGAAUAAUGUUGGGUUAAACGUUUUGAAUAGUAAUUUUGAAAGACUUGAGUUAAUAUUGGUGACUUAUUUUUGAAGCGGUUGGUAUAUUUAUAGAUAAUAUUGUAAUGUAAUUGAAUAGAAUAGACAACAAACUUACUUCUUGUAAGAUGGAUGGUGACGAUAUCGGUGCCGGUGACUAGAUGUAAAAAGUAAUUUUCUGAAAUUAGUCAACUAACUUAUUUUCUUUUCUACUAAAUAUUGGACGUGUGAGACAUAAAUGAUCUGAUCUGAAUAAUUUAUUCAUAGUUUUUUUGUUUUACAAUAUUCACUAAUUACUGGCUGAGUUUGGAAUGCAAUGUGAGUACUUUUUGGCUAUGGUAAUUAGGAGUCUAGUAGAUAUUAUGUAUCCAGCAUAUCCAUUGUGUAAAUGACUAACAAUAACAUUUCAAAUUUAUUUUUGAUAUGCCAUCAUUUAGUUUGUAUAAACAUAGCUUGUGUAUCUCUUGACUAGCUUGAGACGAACUACGACUAAGCGAACGAAGCAGAAUGCUACGAUGCAUUUUGUUGAGAACGAACUAUCUCGAGGUGCGCAGCAAAUGCACACUUGUCCCAUGUAUAGUAAGUCGUUUAUUCUGAUUUGGUACUGACCAUUCCUGAUAGAAGUGUCUUUCAAAUUUUUUAUCGUUGUUAUUUGUGUAUCAAUAUCAUAUUUGUAAUUUAAUUAAUAAGUUUUUUCGGUGGAAUUCUAGUUUAUCUCUUCGUUUCAACAAUAAUAUAGUUUAUAACUCUAUCUUGUUCCACGUACAAAUAAUGUUUAAUGCAAUAAGAGUGCUUUAGUGGAGAUAUUUUGUGGCCUUGUAAUUGGAACUAUGCUAUAUGUCUUUGUGGGUUUAGUUUGCGAAUUACUCAACUAUAGCUAUUAAUUAUAUUAGGGAAUCCAUAAAGCAAUCAGUUUGUUGAAAUAUAAUUGUCAGUAUGGGAAUAGCUUUAUUAAAAAUAUAAUUUUCAAAAAACUCAAACUUAUUUAUGACUUGAGUAUUCUAUAACGUAUCUGCAUUUCACCUUUUCAAGGGAAUAUAAUGGAGAGUCAGGUGUUACCGUAUAUAACGUUUAUCCAGAUAGGAAAAGUAAAGUUAUGAAAAGAAGAUUGGUGUAGAAUCAUCACAUGGUAUUUCUAGGGAUAUUAAUAGAGCUCUAGAAUGCGGUGUAAAUUGAAGGAGUUUUUCGAGGCGAAGAAAGAAAAACUCAAGCCAAGACUGAAAGAGGGUGAUCGAUAAAAUAGCUCAGUGCUGGUACUUCUAGAAAUUCUUUUAAUUUUGAUCAUUUGAACUUGGAAUCCAAUAUUAGCCCUGGAUUAUGAUAUCUUUAGAAAAGUACUUCUAGAAAGUUACUUUUGAAACGCUUAUUUGAACAAAGAACAAUUUUAUAUGUCUAUCAUUUCUAAUUGAAGUAGAUAAGGUUCGUGUAGUAAAUACUGUAAUUUAACUUGAAUUGUAUUUCAAAUUUAUAACCAGAUUAACAUAACUCAUUUCCUGAAUCAAAUUAAUUGGAAUCAAUAUCUUUUUAAAAAGAAACUAGUGGUAUGAACGGAGUUAUUUCUCUGCUGAAUUUAGUAAGGUGUAUUUUCAAAAAUGGAAACCAUUGUAAAUAUCCCAGACCUCUACAUUAUAGUCUAAUUGUUGCUUUUGUAAACUUGAAACGUGUAAUAAGCUAUAUAGUAUUUUCUAAUUUGAAUAAAUUUCGUGUAUUAUUUGCUGUUGCCAAGUUAUUUCGUUGUUUAAUAUUCAGCAAUGAUUUUAAAUUCUAAUAACCAGUAUAUAUUUUUUGUGUUCUAAGUGCCAUGUUUUUCAGUACGUAUUUUCAAAUAUAUUCGUUCUUGGCGUUAAUAA